AUGUUACAACAUUUUAAAGGUUCUCUUUUGGCUCACGAAAAUAUAAAGUGGACAGAAACUGUGCCUAUAGUUUUGCUAGGUUUGCAUAUUCAUAUUAAAGAUCUCAAUGCUACUAGUUCUCAACUCGUAUAUGGCACUACGUUGCGUUUACCAUCUGAUCUUUUGAGUGACGAUUCUACUGUGAAUCCAACUGUAACACCCACUUAUGUGACAAAUUUAUUUUCAAUAAUGAAAAAACUAAAUCCAAGAAAUCCUAUUCUUCAUGGAAAUUCUAAAUUUUUCGUAAGUCCAUCCUUAACUUCAUGCAGUCACAUAUUCCUUAGAAAUGAUUUAGUUCGACCACCAUUAACUCCUCCUUAUUCGGGACCUCACUUGGUCAAAUCUCGGACAGAUAAAAAUUUUGUUAUAAAUAUAAAUGGUAAAAAUUUGAUUGUCACCACUGACAGAUGUAAACCAGCCUUUGAAAUUUCGGAAACACCACCAAAAGUAGCUUUGCCAAACGGAAAUUUACUACAAAAUAAUAACUCUAAAAAUUUAAAAAUAACCAGAUAUGGCAGAGUUGUUCAUUUUCCUAAGAGACUAAGCGAGGAAAUUUAA